CUGCCGGCCUCGGCCUUCUCGCCGAGGGAGCCGGGUCCGGGGCCUAGGCCUCGGCUUAGGCCUGGGCCUGCGCCUUUCCGCCGGCGCGAGCCCUUCCUCAUGGGCCGGGUGCCCCUUCCUCGCCGUUCCGCCGCUCCCCGAGUCGCCUGGCUCGGUCCGGCCAGGAGCGGCUGGCUCUUGUGCCGGGUGGUUGGCUGCGGGAGCGGGGAGCCACGGAGCGCUUCGCUGGCGUACCCGUGAGGACCGUGGCUUGUGGCGGGUGGGGCGGACCGGCGGCAGUGCGCGGUACCGGCGACUCGUUUCGUGGCUGGUGACAGGGCCGCUGGGCGCCUGCUAUAAGUCACGCGUUUGCUCUGUUCGGGCACAGCGGCACGUGUUUAGGCUGUCCUUUUCAGAAAUGGCUUGGAGUUAGUUGGAAUAGUACAAAAAUCAACGUGAAUGGCCAUCGAUAGUUAAUUAGUGAUCUGCUGCCACUUAAUGUCAGAAGACCUUGCAAAGCAGUUAGCUAGCUACAAAGCUCAGCUUCAGCAAGUUGAGGCUGCAUUAUCUGGGAAUGCAGAAAACGAAGAUUUACUAAAACUGAAGAAAGACUUACAGGAAGUCAUAGAAUUAACCAAAGAUCUCCUUUCAACACAACCUUCGGAAACUCUUGCAAGUUCUGACAGUUCUGCCUCUGCCCUGCCCAGUCACUCCUGGAAGGUUGGGGAUAGGUGUAUGGCAAUAUGGAGUGAGGACGGACAGUGUUAUGAAGCUGAGAUUGAAGAAAUAGAUGAGGAGAACGGAACAGCUGCAGUCACGUUUGCUGGCUAUGGCAACGCUGAAGUUACACCGCUCUUCAACCUCAAGCCUGUGGAAGAGGGAAGAAAAGCAAAGGAGGACAGUGGCAACAAACCCAUGUCCAAAAAAGAGAUGAUAGCCCAGCAACGAGAGUAUAAAAAGAAGAAAGCUUUGAAGAAAGCUCAGAGAAUUAAAGAACUUGAACAGGAACGAGAGGACCAGAAAGUCAAGUGGCAACAGUUUAACAACAGAGCCUAUUCCAAAAACAAAAAAGGCCAGGUAAAGAGGAGUAUUUUUGCUUCUCCCGAGAGCGUAACUGGCAAGGUUGGAGUUGGAACAUGCGGAAUUGCAGACAAACCCAUGACACAGUAUCAAGAUACCUCUAAAUAUAACGUCAGGCAUUUGAUGCCUCAGUAACAGAGGAAAAAGGUGGAACUUCAUCUCUGCAGGGCUUUACACUUCUCUUUUUAUCAUUAUAUUUUUCUAAAAGUAAAUUAUUUGUUGGCACAUAGCGAGUAGGCCAUUUUAUCACCAUCACUUUGGCUUCAGCUGAUAAGAGCCUUAACUCUCCAGCUAUUGAUUUGACCCUCCCUAAUCAUUGGAGUAUUUGUAGUUGCAUUAAAAUCCAUGCUGCAGGUAAAAGCUUUCACGAGCUGCCGUUACCUGUUGCUCUGAGAACAGUAGUUAGCUGCAGCUCUCGUCUCUGAAGUCUCAUUCAUACUCGUAGUGAGGUUUUUUCUUUCCUUAAGAAAAGUGGUGAUGGUACAAAAAUGGCACUGUAGCAGCCUCCCUCGAUUCUAUAGUCACAGUGCUCUCUGCUCGCUCAGCAGGGCAGAGGGCCUCUGUCAUAGCCUACACGGCACUGAGGAUUGCUGAGGAAGGUCUAAAUUGCUCCCGUACAAAUCCCCUGGCAAUGGAUCUGUACAGCUGUAACUGAGGGCAGAGCAGGGCUGACAGAUCAUUACUACUGAUGAUGAUUCAUCAGCUAGAAACAAUAAAUCUGACUUUAAUUCCAGGCUGAAUUUCCUGCACCAGAAGUUUAAGCAGAGCAGGUACUGUUUGGGUUUUUUUCCCCUAAAUGCGCAGUUCCUCAUAGGAAGCUAUUGAAAGGUUGUUAAAAUGUAACCAGAAAACCAUAGGACAAGGUAUUCAGACACUGAUUUCAAAAUAGAGAACUGUACUUAAAAAUCCCCACCCCUCCCCAGGGAGCCCAGAGCUGAACACAAAGGGUUGUGCUUUGGGCAGGAGUCACCCACCUGUAGGUCUGUCAGGUUUGUUGGUAGGGUCAUAUCCCUGGAGUGCACCACAGCAGCUUCCAGGCAGGUGGAGCUGUAGCACCUAUGUCCCACAGAGGGGGUUGUCAGUGAGGAAAGGGGAGGCUGAAGUUUCUGUCCCUCAAUGAGUGACUGGCCCAGUAUUGGAUGUCACUUCAGCUGUUAUUACAGUGCUGCUGAGCCCCUUCAAUUGCAUUCAGGAAACCACGUGUAAAAGCUCUUGCUUUCUUGUAUUUUCUAUGUGAUUUGUUUUCCUCUGUUACUUGUCUCUCACGGUAGUGGUGCCAUCGCUGGGCCCGUCAUGUGUUUAAAGAAGUUAAUGGGUAGCCCUGUACACAAUGUAGAUAUUAUUUUUGUAAAAUCUAGGGCUGAGUUAAUGGAUAAGAGGACAUCAGCAGUUUUCCCCCCUUAAAUAAUUAAAGGGUGUUUCUUGUCCAUUAACCCUGACCAUUAUUUCCCUGUAUAUUAUGUUCAUGUAGUUCAUUUUGUAAUUUGUUAACUAGAUCAGGUCAUGUCAGUUGUUGAUGCACUGAUUGGUGGACAUGUCCAUCAGUUACCUGAGUCACAGCUCAAGCUAAACUCUACAACUGGUAGUUUAGAAUCCAUACAUAGAAAAAGGCUCUCCCUAUAAUGGGAGAAGGUGAUUUUUAUGAAUACAAAGUGUGUUAAUUUCAGUUUUGUAUGUUUAACUUUUAUUAAAUAAAGUGUUUAAAAUCUGCUGGA